GCGGAUAAAUUGAGGGAGAAAGAAGUGAAAUGUUUGUGGGGUGAGUUGAAAGUGAAAGGGGAAGGGGGUAUUUAUAGUUGGGGGAAGGGGGGAAGAGCUGAUGCGCGGUAAUUUUGGGGAAGCAUUCACCGCGUUUGAUGAACGCGGUGAAGGCCUUGCAUUCCCCAAAAACGGUUCCCCCGUCCACGUGGCGUGCUGUGAGGCGUCGGAUCGUGGGAAGAAAACCACGAUCCGCGUCUCACCGCAUCUAACGGCCACGGUGAAAGCACACUGGCGCGGAUCGCUGACGCAAACAAACACGGGGUAUUCACCGUGUUUGUCUAACGCGGUGAAUACCCGUGUCUGCCACGUCAGCGUCUUCACCGCGUCCCACUAAAACGGUGAAGUCCUCACCGUUUUUGAUUAAAACGGUGAUGCCUUCACCGUUUUAGUUUAAAACGGUGAUGCAUUCACCGUUUUAGACUAAGACGGUGAAGGCAUCACCGUUUUACUUUAAAACGGUGAAAUCUUCACCGUGUUUAUUAAACACGGUGAUAACCUUCACCGCUUUUGUCUAAAACGGUGAUGCUCAAACAUGUGUACUUUUGGAAUUUUUUUUAUAACUUAUGUAUUUUGGGAAUUUUUUUUAAUAACUAGUGUACAGUGAGAUUUUUUCCUCUAUUACUCUACUUUGAUAGAAAUUAAAAUUUGGAAUUGCUUCAUAAAACCUGUAAAGAUCUAGAAACCUGUAAAGUCUCUAGAACGCAUGACGUGCAUAUAAUUAUUAAUUUUUUAAAAAUUUGACGGAUAUUAGCAAUCUCAUUUUGAAACCUAUAAAGAUUAAGUUAUGCAUCUCAUUUUGAAGCCCUAUAUAGGAAUUCACAAAAUAAAUUUUUUUGCAACAAAUGUAGGAUAAUAUAUGGAUUGAAAACAAACAUGAAAUUAAUGGAUUGUCAUUAGGAAUGUUGACAAUUCCUCUAUAUAUAUAUAUAUAUUAUUUUUUAUGUAGAGAGUAUAUUUCCUUCUUGCUGAUAUUCUCAUUGGUUGAUCAAUUCUCUUCAACUCUUAUUUGUGUAGAUUAAUUUAUAAAAAUGUAAGAUAUAAAGCAAUAAUUUUGUAAGAUGAACAAUGUGAAAUGGUUAGCAAUCAAUAGUGACCAUAGAUGUUCAAUACCAGUGGUGGAGCCAAGAAUCUGAAUAAGGAGGCUGAUUUAAACUGUUAUGAUUGAAGGAGGGGGCUAAAGCCUGACAGACUAUUCUAUUACCUAAAUUUGUUGCGAAUUUAUGUAGUUUUAUUUAUAUUUCCAUUUUGAGGGGAGGGGCUAUAGUGCCCUCCAACCCAGCGACGGAUCCAAGGGGGGGCCAACCUGGGCCCGGGCCCAGCCCUCUUUGGCUCCACAGCUUGUUCAGAGCACUCCUCCACCUCCUUUUACCUAUUAAUAAUCGGCCUGAGCCAACUCUCUUUUGUGGUGGUUUAUGUUUAUUUAUUGAAAAAAUUUGAUUUGGGUAAAGUGUUUUCGCUAGUGGGCCUUUGAAACAAAAGGGAAGUUGAAUUGUCUUAAUCAUUUACGUCAGAUAAAAAGCAAGAGUGGUUGGGCUUUAGUUGUGUCUAUUAAUUCUUGAUUAAAAGCCCACUCAUUUCUACUUACAUUUGAAACAAACAAAUCAAAUUAUCAAACUGCUCUUUAGUUCAUCUAGUUCUCUGUUCUCACCAGUUUGUCAUCUGUAGCAUUAUAGGGUUCAAAGGAAAAGAUCAAUCGAAGCUAAGAAGGUCGAGUUGAAGUGAAGCAUCACAAAAAAUGGUGUUCUACUAGAAUUAGAAUAAGAAAGUUAAUUAGAAACUUGAAUGUAUAUAAUUGUUGUGCAGUUUGAUUAUGUAGAUUUGAAUAUACUUUAUAAUGACAUAUUCUUAAGCACCAAAUAAAAAGGUAAAAAUAAUAUUAUUUUCUUAUUAUCCAUUGUUUCGUCUAGUGUUGAUGUUGCCCAUUUCAACGGCUACUACGGAGAUAAUCUUUUUAGUAAUGGAACAUUGAAAACUGAUUUGCGCAACAAAAUGUGCGAUGAAUUUCUCGCUGAUUGCUUAACUAUUUCUUUGAGAAAGUAUGCUAUUAGUAUGGAUGAAGACUAAAUUGUUUAUGAAUUUGAUAAACUAAAAGACUGUCGUGUACAAUUGACAUUAUAAUGAAAAUAAUAGUUAUUAUUAUUAUUAUAUAUUUUUUAAAAAUAUAUAAGAUAUCUAACUAUCUAUACAAAUGCGGCCCAAUGCUCUACUAAAUCCUGGAUCCGCAGCUGCUCCAACCUAGCUCCUCCUCUAUGUUCAUUUCAUCUGAAAGCUCAUCGCACUUCAGACAUGGACUGAAUAAAAUCAUAUGCACCUUCAGGUGAUAUAAAACAAUUUCAUUUUUCUCUGAAUCACUUGUCGCAUAAACACACAUAAAAUUGUAAAAUAUAUAUAAUUAUUGUAAUAAUUAUAUGUACUUAAAUUGAAUAUUUUAAGAUUUAAUUAGAGUACAGUUUAGUUGUUUGAAUAAUCUUAGAUGUGUCAAAUUGCCAAAGAUAUUUUUAAAUAAUAAAAAAUUUGAUUUGGCCAACAGUAGACAUAUGUCAUUAUUUGAUGAAUAAUCCAUCCUAAUCAUGUGUUGUUGUGAUUCCGUUGCACAGGCCGUUAGUGUAAAACUGAUUGCUAAAUGACACGUAACAAUGAAUUCAUGCAAAUUUAAUUAAUCGAUGCAUAUUAAUUCAAUUCAAUGGCUUUCUCUUGUAAAGAAAGAAAGCUAGACCAUGAAGCAAAGAUUGAAAAACCGUACCGGAGAUUGUAUUGGAAAUGCAACGAUAUGGUAUGUUAUCCUGAAAUUGUGGUUUAAUCAUGGUUCAAUCAUUUCAUACAACAAAAUACCAUUGUGGUUUUCUAGUCGAACCGCUGGCAUGAUCGACAUUGCAAUUUUUUUAAUUGAGUUUAGAUAACUACUAUCUUUUUGGCUUUUGGUUUUUAAGUUUGUUAAAAUUAUUGUUUAAUGAUAUUGCCGUGUAAUUGAUUUCCCUUAUCUAUAUUCAGCUUUGUCCUAAAUCAAAACAAUCAGGACCACAUAGAAGAGAAACCCACGUACUUAGUUAAAUAAAACCUAAAAAAUAAUUCCGGGCCAAUAAACAUUCGGACCCACAAAUAUACACAGCAAAAAAAUAACCAUGUAAACUAAAUUAAAAAAUAAAAAAGCAAAAAGAGUAAAAGUCCAAGGACACUUUCCUCCCUUUGCGCAGAAGCCUGGAAAAAAGUAUGGUGUGACGAGAACCUCCAUAUAUUGUUUGGAGGUUUUCCAGCAUUCUGAAUAAAUUUAUUUAUGAAUGGAAACGGAUCAGGUCAGUAACUUUAUGGUGAGUAACCAGGAAUAACCAGCCCACAUCAGCAUGAUAUCAGCAUCCCUCUCUCCUGGAAAGCCUUUAAUUUUUCCUUUCUUAAUCUUUGACGGACGAUUUCUCACUCGUUUUAAGUUUAAAUUUAAUUUUUUUGCACAGUUAGAUCAGAUUAAUUGUGCUCUUCAAAAUGAUAUCCAAUUUGAUAUAUUUUUCGAACAAAAAAAAAUUGAGCCAUUUUUUACCAGUCUAUACCCUAUGGUAUUGACUGGUAUUGAAAUAAGAACAUAUCUAUGGUUUGAAAAGCGUACCAUGGUGGUAUGAACAAACCAAGACUGUAGGAUGGUUGAAUACAUGAUAAUAGAAGUAUAUUAACUGUCAUUUAUGACUUUUAUCAUUGUGUACCAUAAUAUACCACCCCGUACCAGGUUGGUAUUGUAUGGUAUUGUGUGGUAUUUUUUUGUCAUGUAAUUUGUUCACCCAGAAAUUUGUAGAUCCAAUAGAUCAUGAUGAACUCGUCCCUUCUAUGCAAACGUUUUUAAAAACGAAUUAAAAACGAAGAAAAUACCAUAAUAUACCACCCCGUACCAGGGUGGUAUUGUAUGGUAUUGUGUGGUAUUUUUUGGUCAUGUAAUUUGUUCACCCAGAAAUUUGUAGAUCCAAUAGAUCAUGAUGAACUCGUCCCUUCUGUGCAAACGUUUUAAAAAACGAAUUAAAAACGAAGAAAAUACCAUAUGGUAUGCAAUUGGUACCGAGAGGCCAGAAUUUUUUUUCUAAAAAAAUAUUGAAAAUUGAUCUCAUUUUGUAGAGCAAGAUGAACUCGUUCCAUCUAUGCAAAAAAAAAAAAUCGAGUUAAAACGAAAAAAAUAUGAGCCGAUUAAAAAUGCUAGGGAAAAUAAAAAUAAUCUUUAAUUCUCCAUCCUUAGAUCUGAAUUUUCUAAAUGAUAGGUCCAUUUUAGAUAAUUUAAUUAAUAUAAACUCGGACUCUAUUAGAAACCCGAGAUUAUGUUAAUUAUACUAAUGGAGAAUAGAUUUCGUAGGAAACAAGUUAAAACUAAUUAUUUUUUUUAAUAGGAAAGAUGGUCAUGUUUGAGACAAAUUCUUAUAAGGUUUAGUUUCUUUAUUUUAUUUCCUUUCUGUGACAAAUUCUUAUGUGUGGCUUAACUAAAUAAUUAAUUUUUAAUAACUUAACUCAAAUCAAAUAAUUUUCAAUUAUAACUUUGGAUUUGAGGAUUCCCAUAAAACAUAUACAAAGUAAAAUAAUUCAACGCCAUAAUAGGAAUGAUAAGGGUGAUAAGGUUUACGAAUAUAAUUAUAAGUGAUUGUUUAAUUAAUUAUAAGUUAAUUCCUCAACUCUUCUUUUAGAUAUUGAUUUUUUCUUAGACCGAUGAAAUGUAUAUUACAAAUUUAUAAUCUCUAUUUGGAUACUAGAAGUUCAAAAUUUAAAACGAGAAGUUAGAUAAUUUAUUUUAUAGGUUCUUUUUCUGAACAAUAAUAAAAACAAAUUAAGAGAUUAUGCCACCUUAGACCUAGGUUUUUUUAUAUAUUUUUCUUUUGUCAUAUGACAAACUGCAAACUCCUUUUUCUUUCAUUAUUAAUAAGUUUGCUUGGUUUUGAUAAAAUAUUAGUGGAAAAAUUAUAUUAGUGUGAUGAUAAUUCUUAUAAAAUUUUCAUUUUGUACUUACAUAUUACUUUGUUUUGCUAUACCUAUUUCAAUAUUAUUUUAAUUUUUAAGUUAUCAUAUGGUUAUUAAGUACUAUAUUUAUUGAUUCUAUGUCUAAAAAAAAAUUCACAUUGGAGAAUCAACUAAUUGACAAAACAGUGCUCUAGACUCUAAUACGACCUUGAACAAUUAAGUAAAAGAGAUAAACUUUUGGUGCAUAACCUCCUUUAGUUACAACUGGCACAAAUUCAGAGCAAUAAUUAGAGCUUUCCAAAUGUUAAAAAUUCAGCAAAUUUUAUCUCAUUCUUCUUAACUCUGAUUUCAAAAGAAUUUGGGUUAUAAAAACAUAUUAAUUGAAACUUUCAAAAGAAAAGUUGAAGAAGACUACGAUGAGUAAAUUUAUAAGAAUUAUACAACAACAUCAAAGACAAUAUUAGUUAGGUAAACAAUUUACCUUUACUCUUUUGUUGUUUUCAGCCUCAAGUUCAUUCAUUCGAGAGAAAACAAAGUACCCACAAAAACAAAAAGGUUUUGACCAAAUAGUGUAUCUAAAUUGUUGUCAUUUUAUAUAUUAAGAAAUAGCUGCGUGUUGUAGACAAUAUUGUUUAAUCUAGCUUUGUUUGUUUGUAUCGCGAAGGAUACAGAUCUUUUGGAAUGUGUGCGAAGAUCAUUCUUAUAAAAAAUUCUUUUAUGAACUAGCCAAACAAGAAUUCUUGAACAACGAGCAACCAGAGCUAUUACCCACUACAUAAAAAAAUUUCCAUUAAUGAAACCUGGAAAUCCAUUGGAAAAUAAAAAAGACGUAUGUCAGAUGAAAUGGUGGUUGUUGAUAUUUGCUCCAAUAACGAAUCAUUGGCAUUGGUUUAACUGAAUGCACUGACAUAUUACUUUGUUGUUCUAUUCCUAUUUCAGUAUUAUUUUUAUUUUUUAAGCCAGUUCAUAUGUUUAUUAAGUACUAUAUUUAUUGAUUCUAUGUCUUGAAAAAAUAUUAACAUUGGAGAAUCAUCUAAUUAUCAAAACAGUGCUCUAGACUCCAAUAUGACCUUCAAACAAUUAAGUAAAAGGGACGAAAUUUUGGUGCAUAACUUCCUUUAGUUAUAACUGGCACAAAUCCCGAGCUGUAAUUAUGAGCUUUCCAAAUGUUCACAAUAUGCAAAUUAUAUCUCAUUCGUCUCAACUCUUAUUUCAAAAGAAUUGGGGUUAGAAAAACAUAUUAAUUGAAACUUGCCAAAGAAAGUUGAAGAAAAUUACGAUAACUAAAUUUAUAAGAAUUAUACAACAGCAUCAAAGACAACGGUAGUUAAGUAAACAAUUUACCUUUACUUUUUUGUUGUUUUCAACUUCAAGUUCAUUCAUUCGAGAGAAAACAAAGUACCGACUAAAAUAAAAGGUUUUCGACCAAAUAGUGUAUCUAAAUUGUUGUUAUUUUAUAGAUUCAGGACCAGCUGCGUGUUGGAGACAACAUUGUUUAAUCUAACUUUAUUUGUUUGUAUCGCGAAUGCGCUAGAUAUUUUGGAAUGUGUUAAGAGAAACUACUCAAAGAUAUUGACAAAAUGAGAGAACUUUCACCUCCUUAACCCACCCAAACCGAGAGCAUGAAGUUGAUUUCAGCUCAAGCUCACCGAUUACAACAUCCGCGAACCCCAUUAGUGGGUACAUAUUUUGAAGAUAAUUAAGGGUGAAGAAGAGCAAUCUCAGAUAAAGUUCAUGACAUAUACUUGGUAAAUUUAAGUUAUUGAAUAUAAAAUUCCACAAUUCUAAAAAUUUUGCCAAUAGAUUUUUGCAUUCAGUGAAAUGCGGGAGUAGAAGGAAGAGUAUGUUAACAACGGAGGUCGUGAAUUCAAUGAUGUAGAUAAUUACGUUAUUGAGAUAAAGGAAGAGAUUAUUGUUGGUGGAUAUAGAAAUUUCAAAGAUGGGAGUAAGGAUUGAAUGGUUGAUAAUAUUUAUGAUUUGGGUGAGGUGAAAUUAUUCUAUCGGUAAAAGAUGUUUCACAUUUUCAUACAUUUUACCAUUAAAAUUUGAUUUUAAUGUAAUGUAGGAAAAGAAGGAAGAGAUUUUUUUAUGUUGAAUAUGAAGUUUCAUUAAUGAAGAUGAAAUUGUAUGGAUAAGAUGCUUUUGAUAGUGGAGCAAUAAAAAAAAAAUCCAAAAGGAAAUUUGCAAUAAUUUCUAACAUCAAAGACUAAACUGAAGUGCGUUUCAAAGAUUUAGUUUUUAUCAAUUGAAUCUCUGCAUGAGUUGUGGUGUUUACUUUUGAUAAACACUUUUGUCCAUGAAUGAUCAAGAUGUAAAACUUAUGAUGUAUGUAAUUUUUUUAUAUGUUUAGUAACUGAAUAAUUUGUGUUUUUUCAUGGUACUAAAUAAAUAAUUUGAGUAAUU